UGGCUGCCCUGCCGGUACCGGCGCCGCGAUGGUGCCCGGUGCCCAGCGCUCCGGCCGGGCGGCUCCCUCCCUCCCUCGCUCCCUCCCCGCCGCGGGCGGGGCGGCCCUGCCCGGCGCACCACGGGGGCUGUGACCCGAGGACCGGGUGCCCCCCGGUUGCGCCCCCUCCCCGGGCUGCGGGGCAUGACGUCGUGCCCCCGUGGCUCGGAGCGGGUGGCCGUGGGAUGCUGUGCUUGCAGCACCCUCGGGUGCUGGCGGGAGGGCAGGUACGGGGGUGUCGGCCCAGCGAGGGAGCACCUCCCGUAAGCGGGACUUGCACCUUGAGGCAUGGUGUGAUCAGCCGUGGACACCACAUGCUCUUUCUUGGGUGCUGCAAGGAGGGUGCUCCAGUCUCUGCCCUGUGCUGGAGGCGCAGCAGGUCCGUGGGUCGGGUGGUCCAGGGCCAGCCGUCUCCUACUCUAGCUGGCUGUCACCCAGGGUUGGUGGCACGGGUGGCACGCUGCUCCUUCUGUGCAGCCUGGGGUGGGGUGGGGUGUUCGCACCAGGCUCACGGUCUUUGUGUCCUGGUGUGGUGGCCCAGCCCUGGUUCUCCACCUGCUUUAGCUUCUGCUGAUAAGGUCAGGAAUUGACCAGGCAAAGAUGACUCAACCCUGCUUACAGGAUGCCUGGGCAGUGUCUGCAGCCACUGUCUGAUCUUGCAGAAGGAAGCCCUUAGUGAUAACACAGGACUGGGGUGCCCAUAAAGCCUAAUAAAUCUGGAGCUUGGGCAAGUCUCUGCUUUUCCUGGAGCCGGCAGGAGCCCAGCUCUGAGCAGAAGCUAGUUAUGCUUUCCCAGGCUCCUUCCUCUGUUCUGCUCCCGAAAAUGAGUCAGGGUGGAACGGUGACACCGGCAGAACCCCCUUCCCCUUUUGGUUGAGGAGCUGGGACAGCAGGUGGCAUGCAUCCUAGCAGACAUAGGCCCCCUUGUUCCAUGACCUGAAUUCCCUGCUGAAAGCCCUGGGAUGAGCAGGGUCAUCCUUUCUGCAUGAGUUCCUGGGUUAAGAGAUGAGUCCUCAACAGUGGCGGGACAGCUUCCCCGCCUCCUCACACAGACGCUCUUUGUCUGCCGGCUGCCUGGCUGACAAAGGGAAAUAUUCACUGAUAGGGAUGGGAUGGGCUCAAGGUCCACAGGAGCUUCCCACCUGCUUGAGAGAUGGGUCACAUCUGGGGCUGGAGCUGGACUGGCAGCCCUGGGAGUCAGCCCAGAGAAGCAUGGAAGUGUCCUGGCACAGAGAGAUCACAGCUCCACUAUUUUAUGUCCAAGGUUGUCUCACGGCUGUGGUGAGCCCAGUCUUUAACCAAAACACUGCUUCAUGGCAGCCUCCAGCUCCCCUUCUGGCCAGCAUCCCUCCUACCCUGACCCCAAGACAUCAUGUUCCUUUCCCACUGUGUCUCCUGCUGACCCAAGGCUGCUUGCUGCGUGGAGCAAUUCUUACACUUCACCCUAUAGAAACCCAGGUUUUGACAUACACGUAGCAGAACUGUUGGCAAUAUCUUGGGCUAGGGGAGUGGGGCCAUGCUCAGCUUUGCUGCAGCCGUCUGGCCCUGCAUGGGAGACUGCAACCCACAGCCCUCUCCAACCAAGACGUGUCCAGCAGACACAACCACCUCCCAUCUAGCCCCUGCCCAGCUCUCUGCCAUGGUCCCUCACAGCAAGGUUAGCUCUUCCAGGUAUGUGUAAAGAGGCUGCUUUUGUGGCUGUCUGACUCUUAAAAAUCCAGAGCUGGAAGGCAACUUGAGUAUCCAGAUGAACCCUUUGCACCACUCCAAGGCUGUACUCAAGCUUUCCCUGAUGAUGUCUGUUCACCCUUCAGCGUUAAUGCCUUGUUACUCCUGUAUCAUCUCUGCAGACACUGAACGAGCAGUGGAAAUUCUGACCAGAUACCAAAGCACCCUGCGGUCCCCAGAGGAGCAGGAGCUAAAAGCCUCCAUUGGAAAAGUCUCGCACAUCUUCCAAAGUGAACUCUUCCAGGCUCUGCUGGAUAUCCAUGAAUUCUACGAUUUCACGCUGCGCUCUGCACCCCCGCAGCCUCCCAGCCCAGGCACACAUCAUGGCACAGCCAGGCAGCAGCAUGCGGCCAGCGAGCCCAGCUCUGCGGUCACACUCGGAGAGCCCCAGAACCUACCUGAGGAUCCAUCCCAGGACGGUGAGCGGAGGCUUCCUGCAGGGGCUGGGGACAUGCCAGGGACGCCGCCGCGGCUGGUGAGGGUGACAGCGCGGAGGACGGAGGCACCAGCCAGUGUCUGCAGCCUGGUGCUCAGCUCUCACAGCACACUGCCCCAGGCCAACCCUGCUCCCAUUAUCGUGAACACAGACUCGCUGGAACAAGGGCUCUCUGUGAACGGCAGUGAUGGGAUGUUCAAAUAUGAGGAGAUCGUCUUGGAAAGGGGUAACUCCGGCCUCGGCUUUAGCAUAGCAGGAGGAAUCGACAACCCCCAUGUUCCAGAUGACCCAGGUAUCUUCAUCACCAAAAUCAUCCCCGGGGGAGCAGCAGCCAUGGACGGCCGUCUGGGGGUGAAUGACUGUGUGCUGCGGGUGAACGACGUGGACGUCUCCGAGGUGGUGCACAGCAAAGCCGUGGAGGCCCUGAAGGAAGCGGGCCCUGUGGUGCGGCUCGUGGUGCGCCGCCGGCAGCCCCCACCAGAGACCAUCAUGGAGGUCAACCUGAUGAAGGGCCCCAAAGGCCUGGGGUUCAGCAUUGCAGGGGGCAUUGGGAACCAGCACAUCCCUGGGGACAACAGCAUCUACAUCACCAAGAUCAUCGAGGGAGGUGCUGCCCAGAAGGACGGGCGCCUGCAGAUCGGGGACCGGCUGCUCGCGGUGAAUAACACGAACCUGCAGGACGUGCGGCACGAGGAGGCGGUGGCCGCCCUGAAGAACACCUCUGACAUGGUGUACCUGAAAGUGGCCAAGCCUGGCAACAUCCACCUCAACGACAUGUACGCGCCCCCCGACUACGCCAGCACCUUCUCAGCCUUGGCUGACAACCACAUAAGCCAUAACUCCAGUCUGGGCUACCUGGGCAGCGUUGAGAGCAAGCCUGCCUACCCUGUCCCUCCCCAGGUGACUCCAUCCCGGUACUCGCCCAUCCCUCGGCAUAUGAUCGGGGAUGAGGACUUCACCAGGGAGCCCCGGAAAAUUAUCCUGCACAAAGGCUCCACCGGCCUGGGCUUCAACAUUGUUGGAGGGGAAGAUGGUGAGGGGAUCUUUGUGUCCUUCAUCCUGGCUGGAGGCCCUGCAGACCUCAGCGGGGAGCUGCGGAGGGGAGACCGGAUCCUCUCGGUGAACGGCGUGAACCUCCGCAACGCUACCCACGAGCAGGCGGCGGCGGCGCUGAAGCGGGCGGGGCAGACGGUGACCAUCAUCGCGCAGUACCGGCCCGAAGAGUACAGCCGCUUCGAGUCAAAGAUCCACGACCUGAGAGAGCAGAUGAUGAACAGCAGCAUGAGCUCUGGCUCCGGCUCGCUCCGGACAAGCGAGAAGAGAUCUCUCUAUGUCCGAGCCCUGUUUGACUACGACCGGACCCGGGACAGUUGCUUGCCCAGUCAGGGGCUCAGCUUCUCCUAUGGGGACAUCCUGCAUGUCAUCAACGCCUCUGAUGAUGAGUGGUGGCAAGCCAGGCUUGUCACACCCCACGGCGAGAGUGAGCAGAUUGGGGUCAUUCCCAGCAAGAAAAGGGUGGAAAAGAAGGAGAGAGCGCGGUUGAAAACAGUGAAGUUCCACGCCAGGACUGGCAUGAUCGAGUCCAACAGGUCGAUCAAAACGAAACGUAAAAAGAGUUUCCGUCUCUCUCGAAAGUUUCCAUUUUACAAGAGCAAAGAGAACCUGGCCCAGGAGAGCAGCGGACAGGAACAGGGCGUGACAUCAAACACCAGUGACAGCGAGAGCAGUUCCAAAGGACAAGAGGACACCAUCCUAUCGUACGAGCCGGUGACGCGGCAAGAAAUUCACUAUGCAAGGCCGGUGAUCAUCCUGGGGCCGACAAAGGACCGAAUUAACGAUGACCUCAUCUCCGAAUUCCCACACAAGUUUGGUUCCUGCGUGCCCCACACUACCAGGGCUCGGCGUGAGAACGAGGUGGACGGACAAGACUACCACUUCGUUGUAUCCCGCGAACAGAUGGAGAAAGAUAUCCAGGACAACAAGUUCAUAGAGGCUGGGCAGUUCAAUGACAAUCUCUAUGGGACCAGCAUUCAGUCAGUGCGGGCAGUGGCGGAGAGGGGGAAACACUGCAUCCUGGAUGUCUCUGGCAAUGCUAUCAAGAGGUUGCAACAAGCACAACUUUAUCCCAUUGCCAUUUUCAUCAAACCAAAAUCCAUUGAAGCUCUCAUGGAGAUGAACCGGAGACAGACGUACGAACAGGCCAACAAGGUCUUUGACAAAGCCAUGAAACUCGAGCAAGAGUUUGGAGAGUAUUUUACAGCCAUUGUACAAGGAGACUCUCUUGAAGAGAUUUACAGCAAAAUCAAACAGAUCAUCGAGGACCAGUCCGGGCACUACAUCUGGGUCCCAUCCCCAGAGAAACUCUGAAGAUGUCCCCCACCUGCUUCCCUGUGAGCAGAAGAUCUCCGAAGUCCCACCCCACCCAAGCCCUCUGCCCUGAGGAGGGGGGAUAUGAAAACUAUUCCUGCCCCCUUUUUUAGAUCGUCGCAAAAUUGAGUUUUCUAGUCCUGUUUCUUUUGUCGGGAUGAACUCAUCUCAUUCAUCAUGUGACUGUUCCCACCGUUCCUGCAUGGACCUUCCUACUGCUCCAUUAGAGACAGAUGCGAACCCAUUCAAGGUCUUUUUUUAUUAUUAUUAUUAUUAUAAUUAUUAUUAUUAACUAAACCAAGAAUCACGAUGGGAGGAGGCAGCUAAGGACUAAUGUAAGAAACAAGUGAAAUGUGGACUCUGAGCACAUGAGCUAGUAUCAGAGCUCCAGGGGCAUUUUUUUUCAAGUGUGACUGUCUAGCAGCUCUGAACAGUUCAACAGAAAGGCAGCAGAAAGCAUUUUAUUUAUCUGUAUAUGUAAUUUAUAUAUAAUAUAUAGAGAGAUAUUAUAUAUAUAUUAUAUAUAUAUAUGUAUGUGGACUAGGAAACCUGAGGGACCUCUCUUAAAAGGUAUUGUGUUACUGCAAGGAUCUUUCGGUUUCUCUGUCCCAACCACUGGGCAUAGGGAGCCCACUUGAGCAGGCAGAGCUCAAAACAGUACCGGGUGCUUCGGAAGUGUCUCCCUUCAGGGCCAGCGUCCCGCCAGCUGCCCCAGGUCUGUGAGGCCACACAGAGACUGGUACGCUGCCUGUGCAGAAGGGACCAGUGGUCCAGAGUAACACAGCAAGGAGCCGCAGCUGAUCUGAGUGAGGCUGGGAGAUAGAGACUGAGCAGGAGGCUGCAGAGCAAGAGAAUGGAUGAUACUACACAUUAAAUUGCACAUUGUUUUACACACCACCUUACGUGUUUGCAUGAGAGGUUUCCUUUUGGUUCUAUUUUUUUAAGCUGAUUUUAAACCAAAACCAUAUUGUGUUGCUGUGUUGGCGCCUUUUUUUUUUUUCAUUAUUCCAUUUUUCUCUUGUUAAUAAUGAACUGAAUGGGUAUAAAAUCCAGUUUUUUUAACUUA